AUGAACAGCACUCAUUUACCACAUCUUGAAGAAUUUAUUUUGACAGGAUUCCCUGAUCUUCAUGCCAAUCAGCAAUGGAUUUCAAUCCUAUACAGUCUGAUGUACAUUAUAACUAUAAUUUGUAAUUUUACUAUUCUUUUAAUUAUUAAAAAAGAGUCCAGCCUUCAUGAACCCAUGUACUUAUUUAUUUGGAUGCUGGCUACUGUUGACAUGUGUUUAUGUAAUUCAAUUCUUCCUAAAAUGUUAAUGAUACUGUGGUUUGAUUCUAAAAGUAUUACAUUUGAAGGCUGCAUUAUCCAAAUGUCUUGCAUUCAUUUCUUUACAGUAGUGGCAUCUUCUGUAUUACUUGUAAUGUCAUUUGAUCGAUAUUUUGCUAUAUGCAAACCAUUAAGAUAUCCAUCUAUUUUCACACCACUAUUUGUAAUUAAACUUGGAAUGCUGUGUAUAGGUCGUGGCAUUGUGUUUACAUUUCCAGAAGCCCUGUUUGCCUCCCAGUUUUCUUACUGCAGAUCAAAUGUAAUUCAUAUUCCAUACUGUGAUUUUGUUCAGCUAACAGAGCUUGCAUGCAACAAUACACAAUUGUACUUUAUUUAUGCAUUGAUAAUGGUCUUAAUAUUGUUUUCAGAUGUUGCAUUUAUCAUUACCUCUUAUGCAAAAAUCCUUGUGGUUGUGCUGAAAAGCAGAUCGAGGGAGGAACAUUGGAAAGCUUUGAAUACCUGUGGGACUCAUCUCUGUGUUGUAUCAUUCACAUACUUUACUGCUCUGGUUUCAUGCAUUAUAAUGAGGUUUGUGGAUGGAACUUCAGUUAUUAAAGUCACACUGUGAUCCCUUUAUCUCCUUCUUCCAGCAAUGGCAAAUCCAAUAAUUUAUGGAAUAAGGACAAAAGAAAUAAGACGGAGCUUGAGUGAAGUCUCUAGCUUGGCUGAAUCUUUCUUGCAGUUUUUCCUGAAUCCAUGUGCAGUACAGCUAAAGCUAAAAAAAAUGAAAGGAAGAGGCAAGCCACUUAGAUUAUCGGCAAUGAACAGUACUCAUUUACCACAUCUUGAAGAAUUUAUUUUGACAGGAUUCCCUGAUCUUCAUGCCAAUCAACAAUGGAUUUCAAUCCCUUGCUGCUUGAUGUAUAUUAUAACAAUACUUGGUAAUUUUACUAUUCUUUUAAUUAUUAAAAAAGAUUCUAGCCUUCAUGAACCCAUGUAUUUAUUUAUUUGGAUGAUGGCUAUUGUUGACAUCUGUUUAUGUAAUUCAAUUCUCCCUAAAAUGUUAAUGAUACUGCUGUUUGAUUCUAAAAUUAUUACAUUUGAAGGCUGCAUUAUCCAAAUGUCUUGCAUUCAGUUCUUUACAGUAGUGGGAUCUUCUGUAUUACUUGUAAUGUCAUUUGAUCGAUAUUUUGCUAUAUGCAAACCAUUAAGAUAUCCAUCUGUUUUCACACCACCAUUUUUAAUUAAACUUGGAAUGUUGUGUAUAGGUCGAGGCAUUGUGUUUACAUUUCCAGAAGCCCUGUUUGCCUCCCAGUUUUCUUACUGCAGAUCAAAAGUAAUUCAUAUUCCAUACUGUGAUUUUGUUCAGCUAACAGAGCUUGCAUGCAACAAUACACAAUUGUACUUUAUUUAUGCAUUGAUAAUGGUCUUAAUAUUGUUUUCAGAUGUUGCAUUUAUCAUUACCUCUUAUGCAAAAAUCCUUGUGGUUGUGCUGAAAAGCAGAUCGAGGGAGGAACAUUGGAAAGCUUUGAAUACCUGUGGGACUCAUCUCUGUGUUGUAUCAUUCACAUACUUUACUGCUCUGGUCUCAAUCAUUAUAAUGAGGUUUGUGGGUGGAACCUCAGUUAUUAAAGUCACACUGGGAUCCCUUUAUCUCCUUCUUCCAGCAAUGGCAAAUCCAAUAAUUUACGGAAUAAGGACAAAAGAAAUAAGACGGAGCUUGAUCAAAACUUUUAGAAAAAUAUAA